CAGGGCCAUUUAAAGAUGGCGCCGUCCUCAAAGAACGCAAAACCGGCACCCUAUGGGCACCGCUUUUCUGUAUCAAGAAUUGAAGAUGUUUUGCCGGAGCUGUCAACAGCCCUGAAAGAAAAAGUUUGCGUUGUGUCCUUUAUCGGGAAAACUACAUUGAAGGGAAGCAGCGUGAAAGCAAGUCUCAUAGACGAUGUAUUGGGCAAUAAUGUGCUCGAGCCCGAGCUUGGAGUCGAAGAAGACAUCGGAAAAGACGAUUUCAGAAUCGAAGGCUUCUAUCACCGCGAAACCCGGGUCAUUUUCCUCUAUUGCGUCGGGAUGUUUGACUCGGCCUGCUUGGUCCAAGCGUGCCGGAGGCUGGAGGAAGACCUACACGAAAAAAGCUUCCUAGAAGUCUGGAAUGACUUCCACUGCACAGUUGCACAGACAAUGCUGUACCUCUUUCACCUGUCGCACCUUGUUGUGGUUGUUCAUCCAACUUCAACACUUGAUGUGAGCUAUGUGCACCUGUUCCGAACAUUGGACAAUGUCAGAGUGAACUGUCAACAAGAUGUCUCAGAUGCAUUGAAGUCAUGUCCAGUGUCUCCAGAAUGGCUCCAAAAUGGCCGUCCUUGCUCCCCAAGGGUGCUCUUUGUGUUCUUGACUUGCCCUUUAGAAGGAAGCACCACUGAGCUCCUUGAUGUAAGAGUGAAGACCAAGCCAUCGAAAUUGUCCCCCAUCAAGAAACUGGAGCAUUCUUUGGAAGACCAAGUUUACAGGAUCCUUAGAAAGAGUAGAGUCAUCACCAACAUCAGUGGGAACUCCCUUUUUGCUGUGCCUGCCAACCAGGAGUUUGUCUAUGUCCGAACCACAAGCUCUGUCCGCGAGGACAUGGUCGAUUUUUUUCUGCAGAAGCUCAAGGACUUCUGCUCUCCCGACUAUGACGAUGCACUGUCAGAAGACUUCCUUUCACUCUCUCUGGGUGGUGCUGAUGAAGCAUCCUCACAGGAGCACUCGUUUCCAGCUUUCCUCUGGCAGCACAUUGAGCUGGCUUUGUCCAAAGGCUUCGAUGACAAUGUUGGAAGGCACCCAGUUCCUGCUGAUUUUGAGCUUCCCACAGUGUCAAACUGGUUCAAGGUCGCAGCAAAGCUUCGGGACUUCUUCCUGUCUGCAACCUCCAUGGCAGGCUCUGCCAUGGCAUCAUCUCUGAAGGCAUCGCUCGACAUUGAUGUCCGUUUUUCAGAAGGACGAUGUGGAAAGGUCCUGCCUUUGGCGACAUCAGCAUAUCAAGAAGGGCUACCUACACACUACACUGCAGAGUAUCAUGAGAGGAAGCUGGCACGUGCGUACCAGAUGUUCAGCACACAUGCGAGAGGCCCUGCAUUUCAGCGAUAUGCACAGCAGCUGAAGGAGGACUGUGACCUUGUCUGGAAGUCGGGCCGACAGAUGUGCGAAGUGCUCAGUCUCACCGGGAACCAUUGCAUCAAUCCCGUUCACAGGACUCCUGAGAAUGCAGAUGAAGUGAGCAUAGAGGAGUGCCCUCUGUUGAUGCCCCAUCGAAGCCAGGUGGUGCUGAUCUCAACCUGCAACUGCGGACGACAACAGAGCACACGAGAAGACCCUUUCAUUCUCAAGGCUGCCAAUUUUGACUUCUACCUACGAGUCAGCGCUGACUGCUGCGGUGUCCUGGAGCGAAUCAACUUCCCAGCCUUUGAGCCUAGUGCAGCCGACCAGGACCAGGCGGCAGCAGCCGAGGGCGAAGAGCCACGUGUUGAACUUGAGCCCCCAAGAUCCCGGAGUAGAGCAAAGAGCUUGUCUCGUAGCGAAUCCAGCUCACGAAGUGCAUCACCAAUCUCAGAGUCAGACUUCAGCUCACAGUCACCAGUGUCAAGUGAUGACUCAGAUUCCGAGUCCUCUGACCGCGACGACAGUGACAAAAGCAUAUCAUUGUCAGAUGCCCGAACACAACAAACCGAUGACCCUGAUGAUGAUGACGCAGCCAAGGCAUCCCUCGUGCCCUCCAACACUGAAUAUCUCCCAGGAAUGUUGCAUUCACUGUGCCCUCCUGGUCUCCUUCCCAGCUAUAGUUCAUGGUCUCUUGUUUGCCUCGGGCCAUCAAGUCUCUACUCACACAAUAUUGGCAUCCAGGAUCAGCCUGGCUUUGUGGCUGGAACCAACUUCCUGCUGCCAUGGGAUGUGGCUGUCAAAGUUGACAAGGACCGCUGGCCCUCACUUUGGGAGGGCAAAAGGGCCCAGACCUGGAAGGGGAAAAAAAAUGGAAAAGGGGAUGGGAUGCAGUUCACUGUGAAAGUAUUCAUCGGGGUUGAAUACGAAUGCCACCAUGGCCACAGGUUUAUGUGCUCUUCACCUGAAAGGAUGCUACGUACCACAAGCACUGGCCUUGUUAAGGAUAAUGCCAACAAGAUAGCCAACAGUCACAUGCCACUGCAUUUCCCCUGUCUGUGCCGAUCUGCCAAGCCACAGGUAGCGCAGCUGAUGCGGCUGCACAUAGUGACACCCAAGGCUCCGGUGCACGUGACCUUGAAUCCACGAGUGCAGCCGGGCCCUUCGGCCCCCAUCUUUUUACCAGGCAACAAGGAGCCUGUCAAACUGUCCCAGUCAGCAUACUGGGUGUUGCGGCUUCCAUUUGUGUACGAAGGUGAUGCAGGACCUUACCUACCACCAAGGGACGGUGUUCCUUGCGAAGGAGCUCGGCUGCUAAGUGGCUGUUAUGGCAUUGUCGAGCAAGCACCUAUCCGGUGAAUCCAGUGAGACGUUUAGGCUGGUAAAGUACCGUUGCAAUUUUUGGACACCUCACUUGUGCUUCAUUUUGAUACAAAGUUAAGCACAACCAUAAUACGCUGUAUUAAUUGUGUGUCUGUGUAUAAUUGUAAAUAUGCAAAUAAAGCUGUGAUGGAAAAUGUU